AUAAAUUCUAAGUUGUACAGUUGAGUCCUAAACCUUUUGUUAUUCAUGCUGGUGGAAGAGGAUUCAGAAUGCUCUUGCACGCUUUUGUAUCCAUAACCUGAACUACGCACAAGUGUAGAGAAGAAGAAAAAAACAUUAUGGCAGCCCUGAAAAUAGCAAAUGUCAACUGGCAAUCCAAACUAAAUAAAGCCGCACACCACACCUCUGAUUACAGCAGCACAGAAGCAAUCUUGAGGAGAGGUCAGGACUUCAACAUCACUCUGAACCUCCAAGCAACAGAGCAAUCUGGGGACAACUUCACCUUUAUUGCAAGCACAGGACCAUAUCCAGCAGAAUCGCAGCAGACCAAAGCUGUAUUUAACCUUUCUGAAGAGGGUGCCAGUGGCUGGAGUGCAACCCAAAAGCCCAGUGAGCCUGGCUGCAUGAACUUCGUAAUAUUCAGCCCAGCCAAUGCUGUCAUUGGACGAUACAAACUCAAGCUCCAUAUUGUUUCCGGGAACAAGAGCUCUUCAACACUCCUGGGCCAAUUUGUGCUACUCUUCAAUCCCUGGUGUCCAAAUGAUGAUGUCUAUAUGGCUAAUGAAAAGGAGCGAUGGGAGUAUGUCCUGAAUGACAGUGGAAUCAUAUUUCAGGGACUGGAAAAAAAUAUUCAACAAGAAGCUUGGAACUUUGGGCAGUUUGAAGAGGAUAUCCUUGAUAUCUCUCUGGCUAUACUGGAUCGAAGCCUGAACCACUGCCAAGAUCCAGCUGUUGAUGUAUCCAACCGAAACAGUCCUAUCUAUGUGAGCAGGGUUAUCAGUGCUAUGGUUAACAGCAAUGAUGAAAAAGGAGUAGUGGAAGGGAAGUGGAAUGGAAAAUACUGCUCAGGAACCAACCCUCUACAGUGGAGUGGAAGUGUGACCAUCCUCCGAAAGUGGUACAGGGGGAGAUACAAACCUGUCCGGUAUGGCCAAUGCUGGGUCUUUGCAGGAGUAAUGUGCACAGUUCUACGAUCUCUGGGAAUACCUACUCGUGUUAUUACAAACUUCAACUCUGCUCAUGACAGGAAUAUAAAUCUAAGUGUUGAUAAGUACGUUGACAUUUCUGGAAAGACCCUGCACUUGACCGAAGACAGUGUGUGGAAUUUCCAUGUUUGGAAUGAAAGCUGGUUCAUUAGAAGAGAUCUUGGCUCUUUUUAUGAUGGAUGGCAGGUUCUGGAUGCAACACCCCAGGAAAGGAGCAAAGGCAUAUAUCAGUGUGGUCCUGCCUCCACUAGAGCCAUUAAGGAAGGGGAUGUGAACCUGGAUUAUGACAGUUCAUUUGUAUUUGCAGCAGUGAAUGCUGACUAUGUUACUUGGAUUCACUAUAGCAACAAAAGAAAAGAGAGAAUUUAUUCUGAUACUAGGAAGAUUGGAAAAUUUAUCAGCACCAAAGCAGUGGGCACCAACUCCCGUGUGGAUGUCACUGCUAAUUACAAAUAUCCAGAAGCAGGAUCCCGGAAGGAAAGAAAGGUGUAUAAAAAGGCACUGAAGCUGCUUGGUGUGAUACGCACUGGGAAAAGAACCAAAAUUAAAAGACACAGAAGACAAUCUUCAGUAGCAUGGAGACAAAAUACGACACAGCCUGCACAAACACCCAGUAUUUCAGGGAAGCUGAUCCUUGAUGCAUCUCCUGUAAUUGGCCAGGACAUCCUCCUAAUCUUGGCACUCAAGAACUUAAUCUCAGAUUUUAAGACCAUAAAGGUUAAACUGAGGGCGUCAGCCAUUCUCUACACAAGAAAACAUAAGGCAGAGAUUUUGCAGUUGUCUAGGUCUAUCAAACUUGGAUCUGAAGAAGUGAAAAAUAUUUCAAUCAAGAUCUCCUAUUCCCAGUAUAAAUAUGCUCUGAUGGAUGACAGGAAGAUCCUAGUGACUGCUGUGUGUGAAACCAAACAGGGAGCCUCGCUUCUAGUGGAGAAGGAUAUUGUACUUCAGCAUCCUUUUCUCACCAUCAAGGUCCUUGGUCCAACAGUGGUACACAAGGCUGUUACUGUGCAGGUCACAUUUACCAACCCACUGCCUGAAGUGGUGACAGACUGUGUCCUGAGAGCAGAAGGUAGCGGCCUGCUCAAAGAGCAACUCCGAAUCAAUGUGGCAAGAAUGGACCCCAUGGAGAGCUCAACAGUCCAAUUUGAAAUCAUACCCUACAGCAGUGGCAAGAGGCAGCUUCAGGUGGACUUGUUUUGCAGCCAUUUUUCAGACAUUAAGGGGUUUGUAAUGCUUGAUGUGGCUCCUGCUCAGUGAGAUGACCUGUACAUCAGUACAGUUUUGGCUCUGUUUAUGAGACUGAUAUAGCAUUCAUACAUUCGUCUGCCCAGAAGCACAGACUACUCAGCCAAAGAAAAGUGACACAAUAUGAACAGAAAUUAAGAAAAAGGUACUAGACAUUAUACUUGCAAAGACAAUGUCAUCUUUUUCAUUCCCUAACCUGUUUAAUGAUUCUUUAUGAAUAGAAUUCCUAGUGGAAAUCAUUACAUAAUUUAACCUGAAGGAGAGGAUCAAGCGUGAUGGUUUUCAGCAUUAGAGCCUGUAGCAAUCAUAACAGCUAGUUUUUCAAGGAACACAAUUUAAAAUCACUGUUGUGUAAGAUUCAUUGAACACAACUCAAAUAUAAUCACUAAAUAUAAAUUUUAUUCAAUAACAGCCAAAAUACUGUCCAAAUAGCUGACAUAAAUCAAUUCCAGAAUUAAAUUUAUUAUUUCAUUUAAUUAUUAGGAGGAAAAUGAAGCAGUAAGAUAUGACAGCAUUACAACUCUUUUCUUAUGACUGAAAAAAUUAGAAGCUAUUCAAUAAGCAAUACUCCUUGAUUCAGGAGUUGUCCUGUUCAGAUCAUGACUUAAUCAUGUGAUAAAUCAUAAAAAAUUAAAUGCUUGGCAAAGACGUGACUGGGAGUAACAGUAUAAAAGCAAAUAAAAGAAGCAAUACCUUGAUUAAGGAGUGGCAAGUACUAGACUGUCUGAAAUAGUAAUAGGCUGGAAUAGCUGUUCCAGAAAACAGAAAUUAAGCAGAACAUCAUUAAAGAGUAAAAAUGUGACCUGUCA